CCGCCUCGCGCGGCGCGGCGCGGGAGCCUUUCGGGCAGCAUUCUAAGUGUACGCAUCUUCUGUUGCCAGCCAUGGAGAACGGUGAUAAAUCAACAGUCCCAUCCCGGAAGCUAAUACAAGCCCGACUGCCUUUCAAGCGUUUGAAUCCCGUACCAAAGGAGACACUUGAAGCAAACUCAGGAGUUAAAAAACCCAGGAACUCUCAAAAUGUCCUUGAUCAAAAUACACCAUGUCCUGAUUUGGCACAUCCAUUACCGGACAAUGCAGAGAACAACUGUCAGCUGGAAACAGAGUCACAGUUUGUUCCAAAACUUGUUAAUGGCAAGGGUCCAUUAGAUAACUUUGUGCAGAAAAGCACAAGAAGUAGCACGAGUCAACCUUUGCUUGUGAUAGAACUGACAGGGGAUUCUUGCCACAGGCUGAGUGAGAACAUAGACCAUGGUGAAUCAAACAACGUAGCUGUAUUGAUGGAGAAAGCUCAUAAGGAAAUAGAAAGUCACUCUGGUUUGCAAAAGUCUGUGCAUAAUGCCCAGUUGGAGGCACUGAAGGAAACGUGGCCAGUGACGGCAGAGUGGGAUGAAUUAUCAAGUACUGUGUCAACUGAGAUGGCAACUAGUAGCCCCAAGGAGAGCAAACUCCAGAACGUCAUAUUUGAAAGGAAGAUGCCCAUUGUGGUUCUUGAGGAUAUUCUGGUGGCCCGAUCUCCCCAAGCUGCGUCUCUGGAAAGAAGUGUGCCUUCAGGAAAUGAGACGCUUGAGUCUUGUCCUGAAGUGGAUACAGCAUGUACAAAUUCCUCUGUAAGCUCCCUCUCCUUUUCCAGCUCACCAGAGUCUCUGCCAGUCUUGGAGCAGAAGGACACCGUUAGUCCUGUGGGUAUUUCCACACCUGUUCAAAAGGUCUCUCAGAAAAUCCAGCGGACCUCUGAAGAGAAGGCAAAACUGAGGCUGCAGAGGGAUCAAGAACGGGCUGACAAACUUCAGAAACAGCAGGCUGAACGAGAGGAGAAGGAGAGGCUGAAGGCUGCAAAAGAGCAUGCCCGGGAAGAGGCAAAGAGGAAGAAAGAAGAGGAAAAGGAAUUGAAGGAGAAGGAAAGGAGGGAGAAAAAGGAAAAAGAUGAGAAAGAGAAGGCGGAAAAAAUGCGUGCAAAAGAAGAGAAACGGAAGGAGAGACAGGAAGCUUUGGAAGCGAAAUUAGAAGAGAAAAGGAAGAAAGAAGAGGAGAAACGGGAGAAAGAGAAAGAGAAGCGCAUUAAAGCGAAGAUGGCUGAAAUCACGAGGUUCUUGCAUAAACCCAAGACCCAGACUGCUCCGAAGACCCUUGCUGGCUGGUGUGGGAAGUUCGCACCCUUUGAAAUCAAGGAGAACAUGGUCCUUGCCCCUCUCUGCCGCGUUGCUGUGGAUCCGGACCUUUUAGAGCAGCUGGACGGGCUCCUGCACGCACAGAGCUGUGACACUCCUCUGCUGGAAGAGCUGAAGAGCCAAGCACCCCGCCGCUCCAGCCCCACCCUCGAUCACAGGCACAGAGAGGACAGCGUCAACAGCGAUGUGGUCAUCGUGGGCAGCAGCCAAGCGGGAGACCUGCCAGAAAGGAAGAGAUUUGGAAGGAUGAAACUCCUGCAGUUCUGUGAGAAUCACCGUCCUGCCUAUUGGGGCACGUGGAACAAGAAAUCCUCCUCCAUUGGCCCGAGAAACCCUUGGGCGAAAGAUGAGAAGCUCUUGGACUAUGAAGUAGAAAGUGAUGAAGAGUGGGAAGAAGAGGAACCCGGGGAGUCCCUUUCUCAUAGCGAAGGGGAUGAUGAUGAAGAGGGGGGAGAGGAAGAAGAUGACGACGAUGGCUUUUUUGUGCCCCAUGGGUACCUCUCAGAGGAUGAAGGCGUGACUGAAGAGUGCGACCCCGAGAACCAGAAAGCACGUCAGAAGCUGAAGGCCAAGGAGUGGGAUGAGCUGCUCAGCAAAGGGAAGAAGUUCCGCAUCUUGCAGCCCGUGAAGAUCGGCUGCGUUUGGGAAAGCAAGGAGGCAGGCGAGAGCCCAAGUCAGGACCUGCGGCUCCUGCAGCAGUUCACAGUUUCCUUCUUGGACUCCACCAUUGCUGAGGAAGAGCGGAUUGAAAAAAGCAAUAAAAGCAAAACAAGAAACCAGCAGAUCCUGGGGCAGCUGCUUCCACUGCUCCAUGGGAACAUCAAUGGCAGCAAAGUCAUCAUCCAAGAGUUCCAGGAGUGCUGUCGAUUGGGAUUGCUGCCCGGCAACAGUGGCUCAGUUGCUGCUCCGGACAGCGGGGAUGCAAGCCCCAGUCCUUCUCGGGCCCAAACUCCUGUGCACACGGAGAGUGCCAUUCCUUCCAAAGCCAGGCUGAAGCGAAUCAUCUCUGAGAACUCUGUGUAUGAGAAGAGACCCGAGAACCGGAUGUGCUGGUAUGUGCACCCGGAAGUGUUGAAGAGCUACGGCCAAGAGGAUCUGCCUGUCCCCUGCCAGUGGAGCUAUGUCACACAAGUUUUGUCAGUGGCCAAGGAAGACAGCAGCAAUAUGUUAGGAGGGGCAGUUCCACAAACCAUGCCAGUGUCUGUGAAACGGAAGUCAACAGGAAGCAUGUCCAUCACCAAGUUCAUGAGGAAAAGCCCCGGGGCCGGGCAGGUUGAAACCACCGAGAUGGAUGGAUUUCAGGCGGACACAGAGGAAGAUGACGACGACGACUGUAUCUUCAUGGGCAUCCAGGAAAGCAGGGCACCUGCGUUGGAGACACCUGGCAUCGCCUUCAAGAUGGAGCAAGCGACUGUGGCUGCUAGGGACUCCUCCCCUACCGUUCCAUCUGCCCCUUCUCCUCCCAGCUCUACCCCUGUAUGUAUGUAGAAUCUUUUUAGCAUAUUGUAAAACGUUUGAGUGUCUCCCCCCUCCCCCUUUUAUUGUAUAAGAUACUCGAGCGUUCUGUGUAAAAAGAAGACAGCACUUUGUUCUGCUUCAGAUAAGAAGCUUCUUUAUUUUUAGAGGCUUCAUGGCGGCGGGGUUAGACGACAGAAAUAUACAACAUAUAAUCUCUCUAAUAAAAGCAUUACUGAAAUGUC